AUGGCGGGACAUGUCCUGCGGUGCGUCAUCGCAGCCGCUUUGACCUCGCAGCUUCAGGCGAUCUGCCCGGAGACGUGCAAGACGGGAAGUGGCCAGGAUUUUCCCUGCCGAUACUACAAGAACGGCGACUGCACCGUUGAUUUCGUGAACAACCCCAGCCGCAAUGCCAGCCAGGAUAUCAACAUAGCCGUCAUCAGCCCGUACAGCGGGAUUAUUGGUGAUAUGAUGACCAUGGCUGAGCCGUUGCUGGCACUGGCAGCACAGGAGAUCGAGGAUAGCGGCUGGCUGCCCGGCUAUCGGGUGAACCUGCACCUCACGGAUUCGGGAUGUGACGAGGCAAUCGGAACAGAGGCCACCAUAGAAGCCUUGAUGAAUGGUCCUCCGAAGCACGCGAUCCUUGGCGACUCCUGCAGUCAGGCCUGUGCCGCAGUGGCGGAUGCCGCGCGCCUCUUCAAGGUGCUUAUGGUAUCACCAGGCUGCGACUCGCCCAGCCUCAGCGAUCGCACGCGAUACCCGUACUUGACACGGAUGACUCCCUCGGACCGUUUCAAGGUCACUGCUGUCUACGAGGUGAUGAAGAUGUUCUCGUUCCACCGCGUUGGCGUGAUGGACGGACCUCCCUACACUGCAGGCGCCAAGGACUUUUUCCUGGAACUGAUUCAGCGGGACCUGGAUGCAGGUACCUAUGGUUGGACGGUUUUGCUGGACAGAACCGUUGGCAGUCCUGCCGAUGCCAUCAGUGUAGCGGAUGAAGUCCUUGCUCGUGAUUCGCGAAUCAACCUUAUGGUUCUCCCGGAGUACAUGGGCAUGUGGGUUCUGUGCCAGUUCUUCUUGCGCGACAUGCUUCCACCGGACUAUGUCUGGUUCGUCGCAGCUUUCGGCAACUGGGUCAAUGGAGUCACAGCAGUCGUGGCUGAGACCGCCGAAUGCCCAUGCACAGCGACGCAGCUGGCCAGGGUUGCUGGCGGUCUCAUGAUCAGUGGUCGGUCACCCAUCCAAAGCACGAGUGAUCUUCACGGCCUCUCGGGAACGAGACUCUCCGAGAUUUCGAAUUACUACAACACCGCCUGCCAGCAGUUUGCCAACGGACAGGGUGCAUGUGAUUAUGUGUGGACGGGCUAUUUCUAUGAUGGCCUUUGGCAUUUAGUAUCCUUGCUACACACCUACUUGAUCGAGCAGAACCAUUCCGCAGCAGAGUUGGGUACUGCAUCCUCACGCUCGGCACUCUACGAGUUGUCUCUGAAGCAGGACUAUGUCGGCUUAACGGGCCGGGUGCGACAGUUCAACACUAUCGAGCCCACGACAGUCCCGCCUUCAUAUGGUGACCGAGAUGGCGUUCAGCUCAUUCGGCAAAUCACCGGUGGAACGGGAAACGAGUUCAGCGAACUUGCGUACAGAACGGGAGACGGAGUGUGGUGGUUGCGUGAUUUGCAGUGGAGUCCCUUCGACAACAACAAGGUGGUUCCCUGCAGCACAGGUGUUUGUAGCCUUGGUGACGCUUUCGUGCCCACGGACAGGAUAAACCAGUGCCCCGCUGGCAGUGUCUUCUCAGUGCAGCUUGGCUGUGUCGACUGCGGCGUGGGUAGAUAUGCAACGGCGGGCAUGACAGAAUGUGAGCCAUGCGAUGUGGGCACUUUUGCCAACCAGACGGGCCGUGCCGGCUGCCAUCCCUGCACAGCUGGUAGCUUCAACAACGUUCUUGGGGCGGAAGGCUGUGAGCUUUGCGGCCAGGGCUUCUUCGCAAACGAUACAGAAGCGACGGACUGCGCCAAAUGCCCCAUCGGCCAGUAUGGCCCGCAGAAGGGACUUGCCGAAUGCAGGGAGUGCCCACCCGGGAGGACCACAGGAUUCUCGGGUGCUGUCGAUCAGGAAGCAUGCCAGUGCCAGGGCGAGUUGUACCAGGGCAGAUGCAUCACCUGCGCUUUCAACACACGCUACGCAGCCGGCCAAUGUCUGCCAUGCUCGGAAGGUUUGAGGUGUGAUGGCAGUAGCACGGCAGAGGUGGAUCCUGGAUACUACACAGAUCCAAGUGCUCCGUUUGACGUCUACAAAUGUCUCCCUCAAGAGUUCUGUACCGGUGGAUCGCCCGGGGCGUGUGCAGGCGGACGGGAAGGCAUUCCCUGCACGCAGUGCCCAGAAGGACAGGCGUGGGCAGCGGGGGCGUGCGAGGAUUGCACGCCUCUCAGCCUGGCUGGCUGGCUCACUGCUGGUCUUGCAGGUAUGCUGACAAUUCCGGCGCUCUACUACAUGAUGAACAUGAAGCAGACUGCCAAAGCCACCACUAUGCUGGCCACCUCAUGUGCCCUGGCCAUGACUAUCAGCAUGCUCCAGAACGUGGGCAUCGUCGGAUACAUAUCCUUCUCCUGGCCAUCCGAGCUACAGUGGAUGUUUGAUCUCAUGAGCCUUUUCACCCUGGACUUGCAGGCAGUAGGCUUCGAUUGCGUAUCCAGCUCGCCAGUCGCCGGCUACCACAUGACGGCCGCCAUGCUUCCCUGUGCUUUGCUUUGGCUCAUCGUGUGCAGCCUACUCAGCAAGGUCCUCCCAAUGCAGUGGCAGUUCGAGAGCGCGAAGGUCGUCAGCACCCUCGGGCAGUUCGUACAGGUAAGCUUCACGAUCUACAGCAAGGUUGCUCUUUCUCCGAUGAUGUGCUAUACGCACCCAAAUGGGAAGAGUGGCAUGCUGGAGCACAAUGGCAUCUUCUGUUUCGAGAGCGCCGAGCACACGCCCAUGUUCUUGGCAGGACUGGGACUUCUUUGCGGUAUGGUUGGCUUUUAUGCGUUGGCCAUUUGGGCCACGAUCGUAGCACCUUCCAAAGCCUCUGGUGGCAACAUUUGGUUUCUUACCGCCACAAAGUUCUUACUCUUCCGCUUCCGCAGCGACUAUUGGUGGUUUGGUACCUUCAUGUUGCCUCGAGGCCUUAUGCUGUCGCUGUCUAUCGUCGCUGCCGGAGACAGCCCCUAUGUGCAGAUGUUGCUCAUUGUGUCGGUGAUGCUUUGCUACAUGAUCGUGCAGCUCAUGACCUGGCCAUGGAAGUUGCCGGCCCUGAACGCCUUCGAUGCAACCAUCAGCGCAGCUCUGAUCAUGAUGAUGGCUAUCCUCGGAGCCUUCGCGCCAGACCUCAGCACCGGCAUCCAGAGUAGGCUCACGACUGCCGUGCUGGGCAUCGUGCUUUUUCUGAAUGGCAUUGUCUUCCUCAUGCUUUGCGUGACAGUCUCCAGCCUCGUUCGUGGCUUGGCUUGA